CGUGAUGUUAAAGCAUUAAUACGCGGCGUAUGCCCUACUUCUCAUAUUUUGCUGUUUCAACUCUCCAAAUCCCUCACUUACACAGUAAAUACUGUACUUCGCAUUGCAAAAAUGAUUGGAGUCAUCUGCCUCAUCAUUAUCACGCUCUUCCUCCCACCUCUUGGCGUCCUUCUCAUUGCUGGCUGCGGAGCUGAUUUCUGUAUCAACCUGUGUCUCACGAUUCUAGGCUUCUUCCCUGGACACAUCCAUGCCUUCUAUGUCGAAUACGUCUACUACAAGCGCCGUGACCAAGCGCGGAUGGGUGUAUACGACUCACGACCCGCGCCCGGCAUCUUCUCUGACCGCGUGAACUUCGGACACAGAAAUCAAUACGUGGUUGCACCCGAUCAGCAACCGGCACAACCACAGCCACAGCCACAUGCGUAUCCGGAGCCCAGCUACGGCACUGUUGCGCCGCCUCCUGCACAACCACCUGUGUAUUCCAAGUAAAGGAGCGAACUACGCCACGCAGUGAUGAUAUUUGGAAUAUCAGAAUUAUUGCACCGAUCACUUUGAUCUCGCACAAUAAUUCCAUGGAGUUGGCAGCAUGUGUUUAAGUGUUAAGAUGUGAAAUCGAUGACGAGUUAUGACUUUAUUUAGGCAAAGAAAUCUAGCCAAUUGAACCUUUCAAUUCAACAGCUCUUCUCAUACCCGACCUUUUUUUUUCUUUGACAAACAAUCCAAAUAAAAUUUUAUUUCUGG